AUGCGUGCAACCCUCACUGCUGCUCUUGCCUGUGGUUCCGUAGGCAUCGUGGCGUCAUUUUCUGCCGCGACUGUGGCAGAGAAUUUCCUGUCAGGUUCCCCGUGGCCCCAAGCACGCGUGCACGUCUUUGGCUCCACUGCUACCAAGCUGAACUUGCCCAACGCCGACGUGGACGUGGCCAUCGUCAAUGUUGAAGGCUUCAGAGCCACCACCGCCAUGAAGAAGCUGGCCGAGCUCCUCUUGGAACGAGAGGAGGUCAGUAAGAUUGAGAUCAUCCAGUCUGCGAAGGUCCCCGUGAUGAAGGUCCAGCACCGAAAUACGGGGCUGAUGGCCGACAUCGUCGUCAAUCGGACAGAUGGCCUUGACACCGCACAGUUCAUCAAUGAGCAAAUGCGGCUGUUUCCGGCGCUGUCGCCGUUGGUGCUGUUCUUGAAGCUGUUUCUUUCACAGAGAAACCUUCAUGAAACGUUCAUGGGCGGGAUGGGCUCCUACGUGCUCGUUUGCGUGGUGCUGUCGUUUCUGCAACACCACAAGUCUGCUCAGAGCGCCCAUCUGCAUUCUGUGACCUCCCUGGGCAACUUGCUGCUGGACUUCUUCAGGUACUACGGGCAAGAGUUCCGCUACGCUGCGACAGGGAUCUCGGUUCGUGAGGGUGGCUCCCUAUUCGACCGCGCCAAACGAGGUUGGAGUGCUACAACGCGAUCUGGGCAGGCGACGCUAUGUCUAGAGUCGCCCACGGAGCCAUCUUUGGACAUUGGUGGCCGGAUUUUCAAGAUAGGGCUCGUGCGGGCAGCCUUCAAUCACGGCUACCAGGUCCUUUCCGAGCUUUUCUUGACGAAGAAGGCCCCCGAAGGAUCCCUUCUUUGCCCCUUCCUCCUUCGCCAGGACCACCCUACCAUCGCCGAGCGUUAUCAGCUGUACCGCGAGCAGCCUGCACCCUUCCUGGAGGGAGUGGGACGCCCGGAGAGUGACGAGGAGGCACAGGAGCCGACGCCGAAGAAACGGCGCGGCGAAGAGGCGCCGACUGUGGAUGUGCCGCUCACGGAACCGGCCGAGCCUGUCCCACCGCUUCCUACAGAGGAGUUGGGCAACGCUUUGGAUUUCCUGGCGGAGACCGAGGAGGUGACCGAGCUUGGUGGAGCCCUGGACUUCCUGGCUGCAGAGCUGCCAGAUGCUGGCGACGUGGAGAUGGAAGACGAGGACGACGAAGCAUACGAUCCCCUUUCUGUGCUGCCCGAGGUCUUCGACACGGAUGAGCCCGCGGGCGACAAAGAUGCGCUCGCCGCUGCUGCGCAACUGCUGGACGUUGACCCCCAGAUUCUGGCCGAAGAGCAGCGCCUACUGCAGGAGCAAAUCCAGCUUCUGGAAGCUGCAGAAGCAGUGCAGGAGCAGAUCCGGCUCUUGGAGGCGGCUGAAGCAGAGCUGGACAAGGAGGAACAAGAGGGAGACGGGUAUGCUGAUCCGGAGGAAAGUGACGUUUCGGUUUAG